AUGGAAGUGGGUUCUUCGUCUAGGGGCCGCAAUUCUGGUCGGAGACGGUGUCACUGUGGGUUACCGGCGGCGAUCUCGCAGGCAUGGACUGACAAAAAUCCAGGAAGAAGAUUUUAUGGCUGUCCAAGGUUUAAGAGAGGAAAUGAGUGCAAGUAUUUCUCUUGGUUUGAUGAAGAGGAAGGCACAAAAUGGCAAAAAAAAGCGUUGAUUGAAGCUCGUGAUGAAAUCCGUGAGAAGAAUAGGGUGAUUGAGGAGUUGAAGAAGACCAUAUUAGAGAUGAGGAACGAUGAGAUUGUUAGGCAGUUUGAACAAUUUCAGCUCUGA